UACCGAAAACAAAACACGGCGCACACACACACAAACAGUACAUGUGUUGUCGGUGUCGGUCUCCAGAACUUUCUUGAGGGAAUUUCCGUGCAAUUGUGCGAUUUCUGAGUCAGUCGUUGUUUCUCCUUUUGCCUGUUUAGUGGCGUUCCAUUAUUGUAGUUCAAAAUGCCUUCGAACGAUCCAGAAAAGUUCGAUUCUAUGCUACUGGCGAUGGCUCAGCAGCAUGAGGGUGGUGUUCCCGAGAUGCUCGAUACCAUCUUCAGCUUUCUUGCCCGGAAAACAGACUUCUUUACCGGGGGUGAUAAGGGUGCUGCUGAAAAGCUUUUGUUAGGUAAAUUCCGUGCACAUGAAUCUGAAGCGAGAGCUGCGGAUGAUAAGAAAAAGAAGGAGAGGGAAGAGAGUGAAGCACGACGCAAGAGCCGCCAGGAACAGCGAAGGAAAGAAGAAGAGGCUGAGGAGAAGAAACGGCAGGAGUUCUUUAGCGGUAAAGCAAGUUCACCAAGUUCUGCUGCAGCAGUCCCUAAAGUAAUGGAACUCACAGAGGAAGAAGCAGAAAAGCUGCAGAAGGAAUUAGAUAAUAAGGAGUCGUCUCCAAGCAAUACUUCAAGCAAGACUUCAGUUGAAACCGGUGCUGAUGGAGAUCAGAAGAAAGAAGGGGAUGACGAAGAGGAAGAAGAUCCCAAGGAGAAAGGGAAAUUAAAACCCAAUGCCGGCAAUGGAUGUGACCUGCCUAAUUAUCGGUGGACACAAACUCUUAGUGAAUUAGAGGUUCGAGUGCCCGUGUCGGCCCCGUUCGCCAUCCGGUCCCGAGACGUGGUGGUGACCAUCGCCAAGACGCACCUCACCGUCGGCCUCAAGGGCCACCCGCCCAUCAUCAACGGCGACCUGCCGCACGAGGUGAAGCUGGAGGAGAGCACCUGGCUGCUGGAGGACAACACCACCGUCAUCAUCAACCUGGAGAAGGUCAACAAGAUGGAGUGGUGGAGCAAGCUGGUGACAACGGACGCGGAGAUCUCGACGCGCAAGAUCAACCCGGAGCCCAGCAAGCUGUCCGACCUGGACGGCGACACGCGCGGCCUGGUGGAGAAGAUGAUGUACGACCAGCGGCAGCGCGAGAUGGGGCUGCCCACCAGCGACGAGGCCAAGAAGCAGGAGACGAUCCGGAAGUUCAUGGAGCAGCACCCGGAAAUGGACUUCUCCAAGUGCAAGUUCAACUAGGCGCCGCCUCGUCUCGAAGCCACAUUCCCCGGAAAGCUGCAAACGCCCCGGCGCCCCGCCCCGCCCCGCCCCGCCCCGCCCCCUAGACCCCGUGUCGUCCGCCUCCUCGUCUUUUAGUCAUGUUUCAUUGUGAUACCGUUGUGGGUGCGGCCAGCCAGGCCAGGCAGGCCGAGCGCGGCCUCGGCCUUGGACAAUUGUUGCGGCAAUUUGAGCCGGUAUUGUCGCACCCUCUGGGACCCUCUCGGUCUCGGCGCACCUGCACUGCAGUGCGAGUGUCGAGGCGGCCGAGGCCUUGUCGUCGGUGAUUGCCGCCACUGUUUCCGUCGGAGGACAUUCUGCACAAGGACCUGCAAACUCCGCACCGCGUCUCCUGUUGUCUUUACUUAAGUUUAUUAUUAUUAUUCGAGGGGGAUGAUGGAAUAACGUCACUGCUUGGGCACUGACAAAUGUACACAAUUUUUUUUUGAUGCAAUGCAAAACUGCAUGCCUCUAAAAUGGGGGUUGAAAAUGCGCACAUCGACAUUGAGAGAUAAAGAACCCCGGUGAUAAAGUGAUUUUAAUGCUCAUAUGGUAUUGAAAAUCUUCCCUAGCUAGGCUUUCUUGUAAAUUUUCAAUUAAAUAAAUUAUACUUUUUUUUUCUUAACA